AUGGCGAGGCGCUCAUCUUCAAUUCCAGCUUCCGUGCACGACGGAGCAGAAGUAUGCGCCGUCCAACACUCAUCUCUGCUUUCUCUGCGGCAGCAGCCAUCUUGUUCGUCUUCUCCUUCUUCACUUGCUCCACCGCUGGCCGACAUCUCCCAAACUCACGACUACAACUUCUCGGGCGCCGUCUACGAUGAAAGCACCUCAAACUCGGAGUCAGAGUCCCUUUCGCAGCCGGACCAGGGGUAUGAAGACAGCAUUGCCAACCACCGCGUCGUCUCAGGAUGCUCAUCGAUUUCCUCUUUCCCGACAACAAUAUCACAAUCCCUGCCUUCGAGCCGAGAACAAUAUGAUGGCUCUCGUACACCUUCGAAACGCGACUCAUUUGGUUUCUAUUCCUAUGAAAGAGCUGCGCCCCCCCGCCCCGCUACAACGUCUCCAAGAAACAUCCGAGAAUACCACUCCGCUUUUCGUCAUGCCAGCAGUGUCAAAGCUCUGCAAAUGAAAGAUGAAACCAUGAGUGACACACACAGUGUUAUAAGACACCACAGACGGACCGGCUCACAAAUGUCGUCAUACAGUCAGAGGAGUUCAUUUUCUAUUCAGACAUCUCCGACCAAAAGAUCAACCCGAUCUCACCACACCUCCCCCCUGAAAGGGGGCACCAAUCUCAAGAGGGAAUUCCCCCUCAUACUCUUACAUUGUACAUUAUUGCCACCCAAUCAACGCUUCCAACCCUCGUCUCAAGAAAAUGCAAAUCUGCGCGAAUUGUUGCCAGAAGAGUACAAGCAGCGUUGGAUAGCUUUGCGAGACAGGCUGACGGAUGUUGAGAUCAACAGCAGAGGGGUACUGAUCCCUCACCCUAGGGAUGAUUAUGGACUUCUGGAAGAGCGACUCUUGGAGAGCUUGGAACUUGAGAAGCCUCGCAUCCAACACAACCAUUACUUCAACGCGGGUGGCAGUAGCACAGACAGCGGGUUUGAGAGUGGGAGCCUUACCGACGAUGAGGCUGAUCUUGAUGGUUCGGCUCACCUCAAGUGUCCAGACUGUGGGGGUCAUCUACGCCCAGAAGAGAGGAACCGCAGGUGGGAUGUCAAAGUUUUUGCUGCCAAUGGCCUAAUGCGGGCUGGUGCAUGGGCUGCAGCAUGGCAAGAGAUGGAGAAGGUCGACGUGGAAAUCAAUGUUUGCCUGCCAGAAGAGAUCUGCCAGGAACUCGAGGCAAAGCUUGCAUUCGUCAACGAUUCGCAGGUUGAGACAAGCCCGCUAGACUCCGGAGAAGCAAUUCGAGAGCCUGAAAUCAUAACUUCUCGCGAACGAGAAGUCUACGGAGAGUUCGGACGCCUUGAAAGUGAGACGGAUACGAUCAACUUCGGAAAGCAACCCGUGUUGGAAUCGGAGCCUAUGCAGCCACCACCUAGCUCAGGGUCUUUCGAGCAAGAUGCGCAGGCCCAGAUGGCUGGCCAUGGCAGGCAACUCACCAAAGAGACCAGAAAUCUCCUGAUUGGCGUCCUGAGCUUCUUGGUAUUGUUGUUUGCAUUGGCAGGCAGGCAAGAAUCCAAGAAAGAGAGCCCCGUACCCCUAUUGCAGUUUACGACCCGACUGGGAGAAGUGCUCACCACCACAGUUACGACGACGAGCAUUGCUAUCUCAACAGCAACGGUGACAGCCUCUAUCAUUGCACCGGUACCAUAUGAGUGUUCCCUGUCAGAAAGGGCCGAUGAUCUGACGGUGGUAUCAACGGAAAGCUUGACUGAACUACCCUCAGCAACGGAUCAACCCCGUCCGCCCCCAGAACCCACGCAGAGGGAUACAAGCAGCCCAGACAUACCACUGAGAGUUGAACUAGAAUAUGGCCAGAAUGAUUCCAGCUUGGCAUCCGAACAAGGUGGCUUGGAAAAUGAACCCGCUGAAUGA